AACUAUUAAAAUGGAUCAUCCCACCUCUGAUCCACCAGAUAUUCAUAAAUUAAUUUUACUCAAGAAAGACGAGUUGUUUGUAUAUGUUAACUGCCUAUAAACUAUAGUUCAUUAUUAUUUUGGUUAAAAUUAAAAAUGUUUUAAAUGGAAAGAUCAUCCUCUUUCAUAAGGAAUUUAGAGGAAGUUAAAGGAAAAUGGGAUCUUUUAGAAAUUAUUGGCGAAGGAACAUACGGAGAGGUUUACAAAGCUGUGAGUAAGAGAGGCAACUUUGUUGCUAUAAAAGUUAUUGAAAAUAGUGCAAACAAACAUGAUGAGAUUCAAACAGAGUCUAGUAUAUUACAAAAAUUUGGAUCCCAUAAAAAUAUUGUUGACUACUUUGGUACAUAUCUAUACAAUAAACCAGGAUCAUUAUCACAAAUAUGGAUUAUUAUGGAGUAUUGCGAUGGAGGAUCUGUUUCUGAGCUAGCUAAGGCUAUCAUUGUUGGUGGGCAUCAUUUAAGUGAAAAUGUUAUCAAGUAUAUUUUGCAUCAAACUUUAAAUGGUAUAUUUUUCCUUCAUUCCAAUAGAGUAAUACAUCGAGAUAUAAAGGGACCAAAUAUUUUAAUGACACGUAAUGGAGAAGUAAAGUUAAUUGAUUGUGGAGUAUCUGCAGUUCUUGCAAAUACACUCAGCAGGCGUCACUCAUCAGUUGGAUCUCCUUUUUGGAUGGCACCUGAAGUAAUAGCAUGUGAGCAACAGCUUGAUUAUCAGUAUGAUAAUCGCUGUGAUAUAUGGAGCUUAGGAAUUACAGCUAUUGAGCUUGCUGAUGGUGAACCUCCUAUGGCUGAACUUCAUCCAAUGAAUGCUCUUUUUAAAAUUCCAAGAAAUCCUCCACCAACUGUCCGCAAUCCAACUCUUUGGAGUAAUAUAUUCAUCAAUUUUAUUGCACGAGCUGUUACAAAAGAUUUUGAAAUUCGACCAGAUGCUGCAUUGCUAUUAAGUGACGAAUUUUUUUUAAAAUGUGUCGAUCAGUUAUAUUUAUCAAAGUGUCGCAUGGAGUUAAUGUCUCUUAUCCAUAUAAUAACAAAACAAUUCAAAGUUACGGGUAUUCCACUUAAUGCAAGAACUUUGCAAGCAAGAAUGGAAAAUGCUAGAAAGAAUCGACAAUAUUUAGAAGUAGAUGACCUGGCAUCUCUUCCCAAAUUAACAAAUGAAAUUAUUUUAUCAUAUAUACAAGAAAGGUUUGCUGCAGACCAUAUUUAUACAUACAUUGGAGAUAUUUUAAUUGCUGUAAAUCCUUUGAAAGAUAUUCCAAUAUAUGGUCCUGGAGCAUCACUCUUAUACCAAAAUGGUCAAAAAGACAGUUUACCUCCACAUAUAUUUAUGGUUGCUUGUUCAGCGUACCAGUCUUUAAUACAUAAGCAUAUAGAUCAAUGUUGCGUUAUAAGUGGAGAGAGUGGAAGCGGUAAAACAGUUUCUGCCAACUUUCUUAUUCAACAACUUGCUUGGAUUGGAAAAGUUGGAGGUGCUAAAGACAAGAUUAACCAUAGUCUUGUUAAAAAGAUUUUGCAGAUUAAUCCACUUAUGGAAGCAUUUGCAAAUGCCCAAACUGUAAUUAAUCAUAACUCUUCAAGAUUUGGGAAAUUUCUGGAAUUGCAUUUUACCCACAGUGGUGCUUUGGUUGGAGCUCAACUGUCAGAAUAUUUGCUUGAGAAGUCAAGAGUUGUAUCACAACCACGCGGUGAACGCAACUUUCAUAUGUUGUAUUAUGUAAUUGCAGGAUUAGAUUAUCAUAACAAACUUGAUAAGUUUGAACUAAAUACAUUAAACAAACACAGAUAUCUAAACACAGAUGAGUUAUCACUAUCAGAAUAUUCAUGCACAUCUGAAAUGCAAGAUAAGUUCAUACAACUUCAGCAAUCCCUUGAAGUGCUUGGAUUUACAGCUGAGGAAAUUCAAAGUUUAUACUGCAUCAUUGCUGGAAUUAUUCAUAUAGGGGAUUUAGAGUUUAUGGUUGAUGACUUAUUUUCUUAUGAAGGGGAGAAAGCCAAAAUUGUGAAUUUUAAAACAUUAGAAACAGUUGCAUCAUUGCUUUGUGUUGAAAAGAAUGAUUUAAGUGAAGCUAUGGUUACUUACAGCAGUGUUACAAGAGGUGAAACAAUAAUAAGAAAUAAUACAGUUGAACAAGCGUUUGAUUGUCGUGAUGCAAUGGCAAAGGCAUUAUAUGGACGCUUAGUUAGUUGGAUUGUGAAGAAAGUUAAUGCCCUGCUGAGAGCAGAAGACAGGACAAAUACUGUUAAUACUAAAAUUGGUAUACUUGACAUUUUCGGUUUUGAAAACUUUGCACAAAAUUCAUUUGAACAGUUAUGCAUCAAUAUUGCCAAUGAACAGCUGCAAUUUUAUUUUAAUGAGCAUAUAUUUGUUUGGGAACAAGAAGAGUACAAAUCAGAAGGUUUAAAAAGUUUUGACAUUGAAUUCAUCAAUAACAAACCAAUAUUAGAUUUAUUUUUGCAGAAACCUGUAGGUGUCUUAGCCUUACUAGACGAAGAAAGUCGUUUUCCAAAAGCAUCUGACCUUACAUUAGUAGAAAAAUUUCAAGACAACAUUUCAUCUGAGUAUAUGAUUUUAUCAAAAGAAACAAAUACUUUUUUCACAAUCAAACAUUUUGCUGAUAAGGUAACGUAUGAUGCAACUGGGUUUCUAGAAAAGAAUAGAGAUACACUUUCUAUGGAUGUCGUACAAACUCUUCGGCUAAGUAGUGAUAAAACACUUGCAGCACUUUUUUUAGGAUCAGAUUUGAAACAAGAUACAAAAAUGUCUGGAAAUUCAAGUCACUCAAGUCAGUCAGCUACAAUCAGCAGAUUACAGCAGACAGUAUCUGUACAAUUUAGGCAAUCCCUCAGGAUGUUGUUAUCAAAAAUAAUCAAGUCAGAACCUCAUUUUGUGCGAUGUUUGCGUCCAAACUUGCAAAACAAUCCAAAUAUAUUUGAUGCUGAAAAGGUUAUGAAGCAACUUAAAUAUACCGGGGUUUUAGAAACAGCAAAAAUCCGACAAAAAGGUUUUUCUGAAAGAAUUUUGUUUAAGGAUUUUGUGCAAAGAUACAAGUUUAUUUUUACUGAAUUUACAAAACCAUUAGCGCCAACUCCUGCUAACUGCUUAAUUAUACUACGUGAAUCAAAGAUUGACGAAAAUGAACAGUGGCAAAUUGGGAAAACAAAAGUUUUCCUAAAAUAUUGGCAUGUAGAAAAAUUGAACAGCGUUGUUGAUAUAAACUAUACAAAAAUUAAACUUUGUCAAAAAGUUGCAAGAAGUUUUAUAUUUCGAAGAAGAUUUAAAAAAGAAAUGGCUGCUCGUCAUAAAGCUGCAACUAAAAUAAGAGCAGUUUGGUUGGGUUACAAACAAAGGAAGUUGUAUUUAAAGAGUAAAAUUAAAGUUGAUCCAGAGGUAACAGAAAUGGCUAUCCUUCACAGUAAAAAAAAGAAGACUGUUGCCAUGACUUCCACCACUUCAUUAUUAAAAAGGGAAACAGACCAAAAAGUUUCGCCUCAAAAGUCUGUUAAUCAUCGCCAGUCUGUUACUCAUGCAUUACUUCAGAAAAAUGUUGAAAAUAAUGAUAUAAAACAAAUUUCUAAAAUCUCAGCAAAAGAUGUUUUGGGUAAAAGUGGUUCAGACAGCAAAUGGGAAAGAUUGCGUAAUUACAUUCAUCAAAAAGCAAUUGUAAAAAAUAAUGGAAGUUCAGAUGCUGUCAGACCUUAUUAUCGUAACAUAAAACGAGAAAAGCGAGGAUAUGAAGAUUAUGAGGAUUUCUACAGCAGUGAUGAUGAAGAUACAACUAAAAAAAUAGCUGAAUCAGAUAACUUUGCAUACAUUACAAAUCCUCCCGUUUAUCAAAGAAUAAGUGAUCCUGAAGGUCAGGCAGCUCUGGAAGAAACAAGAGCAAUCAUUUUAUUGUCACAGAUUGAUUUAGCAUCCAAAGAAGCACUUGAGUUGUUAAAUAGAACUUGUUAUCCGGUCAUACAUUCUGUAAGAGAGAAAGCACAAAGAGAAGGACACCAAAAACUCAAAAGUCAAAAGUUGGAUCAUAAAGAUCGAAUGAUUGCUGUGGUUGAGGGUUUUGGUGAUCCUUUGCGACAGAAAUACAGACAAGCAAGACUACAUUUAGCAGAAGAAGUUGAAGGUGUUGUUCAAGAAGAUUACAAAAAUGCACCGAUGCUUGGCUUAGUUGAAAAACCAAAAAAACGUGAAGAGAUUAAAGAAGAAACAAUUCCACCGAAACGAGCUCAGAAAAAACCGGCUAACCGAAAUCCACGUAAACAUCUUCCUCCGAAUAAGGCCACUAUAAAUGAAGAUUACUAUCCGCGUCGUCAGCAACGAACUACUCCAAAGACAAAGUCAGAAUGGUUUUUUCCACGAGGGAAUGACAUAAAAGUUGAACGGAAUUUCGAAACAAAGCUAGUUAAAGAAGAAAUUUCUGCAAACAAAAAAUACGUUGCAGCUCAAGAAAACAAAACGCCAGAAACUGAAAAAUUUUUAUCUUAUCGCGAUCGUGUAUUAGAAAGUCGGCGUGAAUAUUUAUCGAGAAACGAUCAUAAACCAUUUAACUACCUAAAUAACGAUCAACGAACACUUCGUAAAAAGGUCUCAACGUUCGACUCCCCAAAUGUUGAGGAUCGUCCUUCGAAGAAUUCAGAUUUUUUUUUUAAUUCACGUCAAUACGUUACGCCAUCAAAUCCAUUUUUUGUUCCCGAUUAUGCUUCUGGUGUUGCAAUAUCUAAUGUUAAAGAAACUUCGAGAAAAACUCCAAUAGAAGUACCCAUUGUACACUCAAACAUGACGCCAAAACAAAAGUAUGCCGACAAUUAUUUUAAAAACAUUUCAGACAAUUACUUAUACUCAAAUUUUGAUAAAAGAUCCGAUAGUAAAAUAAAUCCUUAUCAAAGAGAGCAGCGUAAAAAUAUAAACAUUUCAGCCCCACUUUAUAGAAACUCGUCGCCUAUGCUAGAUAAUUAUGAGAACUAUCUGAAAGAUGAUCAUGAAGAAUCCCCUAGAGACCUUAAACCUAUGCCUCUGCCUGGUCUUGUUCAAAGACCGAUUGAUUUUAAUAACAUUUCUAAACUCAAUCGUUUUGUUAGCCCACCGGACGAUGUUGUUUUUGAACGCCCGAGAACAAAGAGGCCAAAUGGAUUUAACUAUGGUUUCGAAAAAGAUAGUGUACUUCAAGAUUUAAAGUUAAAGAAAACUGGACGCCUCCAAGAUCUUCUUGAACGGAGAAAUUAAUUUUCUUUUUUAGUAUUUUUGUAAAUAAUGUAGAUAUUCAAAAAAAACAGAAAAUGUGUAAGUUUAA